AUGACACAGCCAAUCACCAUCGAAGAUGCCCGUGGCGCGCUUAACGCCGUCUUCUCGGAAGCAACGGCGCAUCAGGACCGCAUCCGAUGCGCCCAACUGGCGGCCACGGCCUUCGGGAAGUCGCUUUCGCCGGAAGGCUACCUAGACCGAGAGGCGUAUCUCGCGGAGCAACCGCUCGCGCGAGGCGGCGGCUGGCGAUGGUGGUAUCUCGCCUUGGCGGAUGACCCCGAGCAGGUGGUGGCCAUGUGUAAGACGAUGCACAGGGACCUGCUUGUCCGGGACGGCCCCGCUGCGGGGGGAGAAGAAGUUGUUGUCCGUCAGGAACAGGGCUACUGCAUCUGCAGCGUUGUUACCGCCUCGUCGCACCGUGGACGUGGUCUUGCCUCCGUCAUGCUGAAAGCCGUGGCUGAGUGGCUCGAUGGACCGGGCAAUGCGACUGCUAGUAUACUGUACUCGGAUGUGGGAGAUUUUUACGUUAGCAAAGGCUGGGAUAUGCUAGAUUCCUUCGAAUCUACUUUAACCGUUCCCGCAUCCCUCCCCUCCACGGAACAACCACCUUUCCCAGAAACCCAUCCCAUAACCGCAGCUGAUAUCCCCCGCCUCUGCGAGCGCGACGUGGAAAGCCUAAAAGAAGACUUCCAGAAAUACGGCCUUCCGAAGGAGGACGCCGUGCUCGCGACUAUCCUCCCCACCACGGACAUGAUCACUUGGCUGCAAGCUCGGAUAGCGUACAUGAACCGGCAAUCCGACGGGACAACCCCCGACGCAAAAGGCAGCGUCUGCGAGAGCGCCGACGCCUGGCUAUUCUGGUUCCCGGAUCUGCGCCACGGGAAGCUCACGAUACAGCGCGCGAAGCUGCCGCGCGGCCGAGACGAAGCCGCCUCAACGCGCGCGCUCGCGCGUCUCCUGCUCGACGCCGUCGAGGAGGCCGCCCGGUGGGGCAUGUCGGAAGUGGAUAUCUGGAAUCCCGGCCCGGAGCUGCACGGCGCGAUGAGACUCCUCAGCUCGGAACUGGGGAUCAAAGUGACGAAUCAAAAGCGGGAGAAGGAGCAUAUACCGUGCCUGAGAUGGCGAGGGGGUGAGAAGAAGUCGGUCGUUUUCUCGCCGAAUGAGUUUUAUCCAUGGAGCUGA